AUGCCGGUUCCAAGCGGCAAAGAUGCGGCGGAACUGCCAGCAUUGCCCUGUACAAAGUCGACAGGUGCAAUCGCGGGUGCCCAUCACUUUGGAGACGUUGAAGAGUUGGAACGGAUCCUGAAGGCUCGAUUGGUGGAGCUAUCAGUAAUCCAGCAGAGGAACUUCAUCAACUCUUUGGAACAGAGUCGCACGGAAGUGUUGCAGACGGUGUCAGAGUGCUUGGUGAAGGCUCGAGAAGAGACCUUCGCUGACGAACAUCAGGGGGAGGCAGUGACCUCGCCAACAGAGAGAGGUUCAGGCUUUGCUGGAGUGAGCUUCGCUGGCUCGGAGUUCAGCAAUCAGGAUCUGCCAUUGGAUGACUGGGUCGAAACUGCAGACCUGGAGGUGCUGGGUCUGGAGGUGGGCAAAGUGGACACCUCCAAUUUCUUCUCGUGGCUUCGGGUGAAGCUGGCCAAGUGCGAGCACAGGGUCUUGGAUGUAGCUGUCAGCUUGCUGAUUGCUCUAAACACCAUGGUCAUGAUGUUGUCUCAUCAACAGAUGGGACAUGAUGCAGCUCGCGCCGUCGGUGAGCAUGAUGCGACCAUGGACAACUUCGUGAUCUCCCAGGGGACCUUCACAAGGAUAGAGCAGGCUUUCGCCAUCAUCUUCUUCCUGGAGCUUUCGGCGCGUGUGAUGAUCCACCGGUUGAAGUAUUUCAAGAGCUACCUGAACAUCUUUGACGCAUUGCUGGUGGUGGUUGGCAUUAUUGACAUGAUCAUCCUCGAGGAAUUGAUUGAUGGUGGAGGUGGGGUCAACUUGGUCGUCCUGCGCUUCUUGAGAAUUAUCAAAUUGGCGCGGACACUUCGAGCCCUCCGCACUAUGCGAUUAUUUCAAGGUUUGCGCGUGUUGGUUGCUGCCGUGAGUUCUUUCCUGCCUUCGUUGUUUGCUUCCAUGUUCUUUCUGGCAAUCUUCAUCAUUCUUGGUGGACUUUUGGUGGGCACGUCCCUCAUGGAGUUCAUCAAAGAUGAAAGUAAGGAUCUUGAAACGCGCCGAUGGGUUUGGGAAAGCUAUGGAACUUCAUAUAGGGCCACCUACACCAUGUUCCAGGUAACCUUCUCGGGAUGUUGGCCUUCCUAUGUGAAUCCUCUCUUUCAAGAGGUCAGCAUGUGGUAUGCAUUAUUCUUCUGCAUCUACGUGACCUUUGUCGUAUUUGCCGUGAUGCGCGUAAUCACGGCAAUUUUUUUGAAGGAGACGCUUGAUGCGGCUGGGGAAGACCAUGAGGUGGUCACAGCGGAGAAGGAGGCGAACAAGAAGAAGUACAUGCGGAAAUUGGAACGCAUCUUCUGUGACAUUGAUGUCUCAGGUGAUGGGCUCAUCUCGGAAGAGGAGUUCACCAACAUGCUGCAGGACGAACAGGUGAAAAAGUAUCUGGUGGGUUUGGAAGUCGAUCUCAACGAGAGCAGUUCCCUUUUCCAAAUGAUGGCAGAUGAAGAUGGCCAAGUGUCCUACAGCAGAUUUAUGGAUGGCAUGAAUCGAGCCAAAGGUCUGGCGAAAGCAGCAGACAUCCUUUGCAUCCGCCAUGACUUGGGGAUGCUCCGGAAGGACUUGAAAUUGGUGAAGGUGAGGAGCUUAGCGCAUGCUACGCCGUAUCUCGUUUCUUGGCUACCGGCAAUGGACCCAUGGAUUGAGGACUGCCUGCUCUUGAGAGUGCUUUUGGACGGCUUCCGAUUUUGUCACUCCUCGAGGAGCAGGACACUGGCGAUGGGUGGCAGGGGUCCUGGCGAUCGAGUCGAAUGUCCGGAGCUAAAGAUGGCCGAUAUGAUAAACAAACUUCCAUGGCAACAAAGUGUAGAAGAGCAGGUGGACCAGCCAAAGCUGCUGAUCGUCCCUUGCAAUCGACAUGACAUUAAGCGCUCACACGCUCCGUUCCUCUUGUCUUCAAAGUUGCAAGACAAGUUCGAAGGACCUGUGCUUGUUCGAGUCAUCAGCAAAGCACAGCCACAGCUGCGGCUUUUUUUCCGCGCGUCGGCCAAGGUCUUUGUUCCAUCGGUCCUGGAAGGGAUCAGCAUCAUGCAAGAGAUUCUGGAUCAGGGCAAAAUUUUCGACAAGCAGGUAGAGCUGCAAGUAGCCGAGAGACGAGAGGCGAGUUUGUCUGAAGUGGCGGUCCUCAUUUUGGAUCACUACCUUUCCCAACGAGACAUUUGGCAUCUCCACGCAGCAAUGAUGCAGGAUGGUGGACAAAUCUUGUACGCCAACUUCGACUAUAUGCUGCGGCAACUGGUGCCCAACAGUCGCAUCGAUCGUUUGAUCUCCAUGGCGACCAAUGAGCCGGUGCUGUCCGGCUUGGUGGAUCAUGGCACCGAGGUGUCUUUCAAAUCUACGACUGCCAACAUGGUGGUUUUGGUACAGAUCAGCUCAGAGCUCUUCGAAUAUGGCUUGAUGGGCAGACCAUAUUGGGAGGCUCUGAUCGAGUGUUUUAUGACCUUGGUGGACAAGUCUCUUCGUGUCACUCGAGGGAGUGGGCACUACAUUCGAAUGAUCAUGUUCACCAGAAUACGAGGAGUUCCACUGAGCCCAGAUGUUCAUGUGGACCAAGACUUGUAUGCAAAGCCAAAGACGGUCAAAGAUGGUGACAAGGACUUCUAUGACGUCUUCUGGGAGGGCUUUGCUCGGGUGAUGCCCAGCACUGCUGCCUUGGCUGGAAGGAUACGUCGAGUUUGCAUGCGCUUGCAUGAAGAGAAGCAUGGCCGUGUGGCCAAGGUCCGCCGCAGCGAUGAUGACUGGAGUGGCUUGCAAGCGCAUGCAAUCGUGGAAGCUGCUCAAGGGAACAUCCUUGAGAGCAUGAAUUUGGUCCUGGACAUCUUCGACCGGCACCACUUGGAUCGGAUGUUGCGAUCAACGGGCCAAGCCAUGGUUCUACUGACUGCAGGUAACGGCCUAAUCGAGUCACCAUCAAGGGAUCUCUACGACUUGACGUAUCGCAGAUUUGCCAUCACUCGGCCAAUGACCUGUCAGAUAGUAUGUGCGAGAGGUCCGCCAAUGCAUCCUGUUCCGUGGGUCCAGUGGCCUGGCGGACCUCGUUAUGAUGCCCCGACCUUGCUGAUUGAGGAGGACUUGCCAUGUUCUCCGCCAUGGAUCCAAAUUGCCUUCUAUCCGGAGGUCAGAUUCUGUCCUUGCAGAUCGGAGGACUGGGUUCUGGCUUCUUUCAUGCCACUUCUGACCUGUGAGAGGAAGAUCGACAGCCCCUCCAUCAUUCCGCACUGGAGCGAGGCAGAGCGCACCCUGCGGAACCCUCCAGCAUGGUCUGGCAAACGUGCACGAAGCAAGGAGACCUCGAAAAUCAAAUGGGCUGAUCGGAAUCUUUGGGAACAGCUUCGGACGCCCGCACUGCGUUCCUUCUUCAAUCGUUCUUCUGGAGAUGAUGGAAGUUUCAAGUAUUCCACCUAUGUCUUGGCACCGAGCAGAUUUGACUACACCGACCUGGAAUCGGAAAAGAUCAACGUGAUUCAUGACCUCGUGGGAUUACGACUGGAAGUAACCCCCGGAGCUCAGCUCUUUGGUUUCGAUGAGCAGGCCCUCCACAAGUCCAGCUUGCGACUGCCAGCUGGCGAAGCACCCUCGCCACGGUGUAACUCGCCCAACUCCAAGGACUGCGACAUGCUGCUGAACGGUGAGUUAGUGCCCAAAGCACUGCGCUCCUUGGUGGUCCGCACCAGUGGUGGCAGCAACUGGAAGUUCGAGUCACAGAACGGGCCACUGGAGGUCUUUCACCAGGAGGAACAGGAGAAAGAAUGCCAUGCUGUCUACCCAUACAGCUUCUACGUCCGGCGGCAACUGGUUCGCCAACAUCGGGCUGAGGUGACCAGUGAGGCCGAACAUGAUCGUGGCUCCUCUGCGCAUUGGAUCAGCUCCAGAGUUCGAUUCCAUGCGCCAAAUCAGCCUGACUGGAAUGCACUCGACAAUGUAGUCGCCGGAGGGUUGACCAUGCCAGCUGCAUUGCCAUAUCCCGUCAGAGCAGGAUUUGAUGGUCUUUUUGCUCGCGAUCCUUGCAUAGGUUGGACUUUACGCAGCGCCUUGAAGCAGAAUCUCUUCGUGUUGAAACCCCCGGGGAACUGGUCGCAUCUCAACAUCUACGAACGAGCGCUGCAACGGCUGCGGGGGGAGUCCAAUGGACCUAUUGAUGUGGGCACUGACUUCUUCCUGGUGCUGCAGAACUCAGGGGAACCAGUGAUUGCGCAAGAGAUCCGACAGCAGACGCUGGAGAACUUUUUGGCCUUCAAGGCUGAUUUGGAGAAGCUUUGCUUCGGACGCCGCGAUCCUGCUGCGAUUCCUCAAUCAUCUCCACGUGAACACGUCCCAGAAACAGUGGGGGCCCUGGACAUCAACCUGGACUCCACCGGCCAUGAAUUCAAAGUGGAGAGGGGUAGACAUUCAGUCUACAUCAAGGAGGUUGACAUUCCGACCUCCUUCGCUGAGAGCAGGGAUUGGUUUGAGCUCUUCUUUGAUGACGUCUUUGCUCCGCCUAAACUCUUUAACAUUGUGAUCCAGUGGUUAGUUUGUUCCUCGGUUCACAUGGUCCACUUCGUCUCUUGCCUCUUCCGCAUUGCGGAGAAGCAUGGCUUCAGUUUGAUCCGCUUGCCCAUCGCUCAGCUCUUUCCGCCCCCGGCACCACACUGGGUGUGGGGCGACGACCGCGAGACGGACUUGGAUCGAUUGGCGUUGUAUCCCAGGCGGAAGAUUUCUCUUCCAAAUGACCCAUCGAUCUUUGAAGAGCUCUUGCGCUGUUGGUUAGCUCCACCUUUGGAGUUCCAUUUCGUCUAUGCGACGCAGAAGGUGGCCUUCCAAGUGGAGGAUGUAAAAGAGCUGAAGACACCUUUGAAGGAGAAAAGGCAUGACCUUUUCCAAAGGCUGAAGGGCUGGGUCCUUUGCGAUGCAGACGGACUUUGCUUGGUGGCCCUCAGGGAGACAGCUGCCUACUACGAGAAUCGUUUGCUUUUCUCAGAUGCACGGGAUCCUCGCAUCCAUGAGGAAAAGUUAGAACGAAUCGAGGAGUUGCGCUGUCGCUUCUACCGAGCAACGGAUCAAGUGCUGGCAGAUCACGCGAAGAAAGCAGCACAGAUGACCUGA